AUGAUAAAAAUCAGCCGAUCCAACUACAUUUCCUCUCUCUGCACAAACAUCCAAACCAAUUCCAAACGUUUCUGGUCACUAUUUGAACUAAAAGGCGCAACACGUUCUGUCCCGGAAAAAAUUUCAAUAAAAACAAGUGUCAACAAUGUUCGUGAAUAUACCGAGAAUCCUAGGGACAUCGCAACACUUUUCAACCGCUACUUUGUAUCAAUCUUCUCGAGUGAUCCUAUCAAUAUUGUUAAUCAACAAUCUAUAUCCGAAACCACUGACACUAUUUUUAAUGACAUUGUUUUGUCGGAAGGAACAGUGCGCUCAGUUUUAAGAAAUCUUGAUAACAACAAAGCGCAUGGUCCGGAUGAAAUCCCAGCAAGAUUACUUACCGAAACUGCAUACCAAAUCGCUCCAUCUCUAUGCCUUCUGUUUAACAAGUCCUUAAAAAGUGGAAUAGUACCUCGAGAAUGGAGACUUGCCAAUGUUGUACCCAUCCACAAAAAGGGGGAUAAAGAUCAUGUAGAAAACUGUCGGCCAAUUUUUCUUCUCUCACUUGUCUCCAAAGUCUUAGAGCGUUGCGUGUUCAUUUGUAUCAAAGAACAUGCUUUCAGUCAAAUAAAUUCUUGCCAACAUGGCUUCAUUUCAGGAAAAUCGUGCAUGACACAACUAAUUGAAGUUUUAGAUAUCAUCGGCAGCCAAUUAGAUCUCGGAAAGCAGAUUGAUGUGAUCUACCUGGAUAUGUCAAAAGCAUUUGAUAGGUUAGUCACGUACGUCUUCUACAUCGUCUCAGAGAAUUUGGAUUCGGAGGAAAUCUCUUAAUGUGGUUUAAUUCUUACUUGAAAAAUCGCCAACAACAAACUACUGUUCUCGGUGCAACAUCGACAGCACUACCAGUGACAUCCGGAGUACCACAAGGUUUCAUUCUUGGCCCGCUACUUUUCCUCUUAUAUACCAAUGAUCUAUCCUCUUCCAUCGUGAAUUCGAACGUAGCAGCUUUCGCUGAUGACACUAAGAUUUUUAAAGUGAUUAACUCCAGGACCGAUGCAAUGUUAUUACAAAAUGAUCUUCUCAACUUUAAUUCCUCCUCAUCCAAUGCUGGUCUGCAUCUUAACACAUCAAAAUGUAAAACCCUCCAGGUCACCAGGAAACACAACAAAAUAGAUUUCCCUUAUCAACUACAAGAUACCAUACUAGAAAAGACUGAUUGCGAGCUCGAUUUAGGUGUAUGGACGAAUUAUGAUCUCACUUUGUCAAAGCAAUUUACACAACAAAGUAACAAAGCUAAUAAAAUGCUUCGCGAGUUUGCAAUUUGACGAACACUAUACUUUUCUCUGGUUCGCAAACACUUAGGAUAUGCCACCCAAGUAUGGGCGCCCCAAACAGUUGAGUUGGUGAAAAGAGUAGAACGAGUUCAGAGGCGUGCAACUAAAUAUAUUUUAAAUGUUUCCUUUAUUUGUGAUACAGAAUAUAGAGACCGACUCCUUGCAACCAGUUUGCUCCCUCUCAGCUACUGGCACGAAUACCUGGAUGUAGUAUUCUUCUAUAAGGCAAAUCACGACAUUUUUAAUAUUGAUAAAAAAUUCUUCCAUUUCCUCAACCUCAGGGUCAAAGACAAACAAGAUCAUUUAAUCCCAACUCGCACAAAUAUAAAAUUCCGACAUACAAGACGUCAACCUAUGAAAAAUCUUACAAAAUCCCAACAUCAAGAAUAUGGAACACACUACCCAAUUAUAUUACAUCCAAAGACCUAACAUUUUCAGAAUUCAAGAAUCUUCUUUUUAAGUACUAUAUUUUAGCAUUAGAAAAUACAUACGAUGUUGAGGAUCCCCGGACAUGGAAAAGUGUGUGUAUAAAAUGUAAUUUCGCUUGAAGUUUAAUGAACUCUCCAUUGACAUGCUGCUUUUAGACAAAUGUAAUGACUGUUGUUGAAGUAUUGUCUGUUGUGUGUGUUUAGUAUACCUUGUAAAUUGUUUCUGUAUAACUAUUGGGGCCGCUGUAAUUGGCAAUAGCUGUUGUGGUUUCCCAGCCAAUGAAUGUAUAAGUAUGAUGGCAAAGUAAAUAAAUAAAUAUUAAUACGUUACUAUUAAUAAUAUACCUAUAAUUAUUCAGUAUUUUGUUCAAUAUCCCUUUGUCUUUGACAAAAUCAUUUUAUUUAUUCGCUUAAUUGCCCAUACUGUCAAUUGUUUUAUCAAUGAUGUCAAUAGGGAAUGUUCUCAAUACUUGAAGAACUCGAGUUUGUAACUGUUUGUAAGAUUCACUGGUGAUAUUCUCUGUUGCCGCCUGUGUAUUCAAUUUUAAGUGUUUCUGCAUCAAGGGGCAAGGGAUGCCAUAGCGACCUUGCUUGUCUGGCAUGGGCAAUAGAACUUAUGCAUAAUGAUGUCGCAAUGCUUGAUGCCCUCGAGGAAUGCUGGUCUUUGUAGUUAUCGCCGGCAAAAUUAAACAAUUCAAAACGGCCACUAUCAAAAUUUUCCCCCGCCGAUGACUACUAAGACCACCAUUCCUCGUGGGCAUCAAGCCUUGCGCAUUAUGCAUAAGGUCUAUUAUCUAUUACUAAACAUAUAACCGUCUACCGCCGUGUUUAGUUUCAGAAAGAACAGUUAUCUAAUACGCACAAGUGGUACAAUAUUUAUUGAUAAAUUAUAGAUUUUUAUGUAUGUUUAAUUUUGCAGCAUUUGGUAGUUUUAACAAAAAAAUGUUCGCAUAGCGCCACUGAUGUUACGAUCACAUAUUUUCAGACAAUCAUGGCCAAAUGUUGUGGAACGUAAAGUGCGAUAUCGUGUUUUUACCCUUAUUUGAAUAAAAAAACACUUCCCCCCCAGUCAAUGUUGUUUGGGAUUGUUUUCUGCUCGGAUUAAGCAUCACACAAUCUGAUUUACUAGGAUCAACAUUGGAAAGGGAGGCCGGGGGUGUUCCUUUUUCGUUAAAUCUGUGACAAUAUUAUAACUCGCGCACCUUUACCUUUUAAUUAGCUUGCGUUCCACAAACAUUUGGCCAUGAUUGUAGGUGUGCUUAUGAAGAGAUCUAGCAAGAGCGAUAUUCCAGGCAAUUUGUGAAUCAACCGAAGAUGACAAUCUGCGUCCCACAGCGAUCAAGCCCCUUUGUGGCACAAGGUGGUCAUGCAGACUAGCAGCCAUACAGUCAGCAUUCGAUCAGUACCCUGCUAUUCUCCAAUAUUUGGAAGAAAUGGUACGUGGUGAAACGGACACUGAAACCAAAGCAAACGGUCAACUUGAUCGGUUUCAGAAGGGGAAAGUCUUUCUCGGACUGAAGAUGGCAGCUAAGCCAGUCGCGAUCCUGGAACAGUUGAAUAGCGCACUUCAAGCAAAGACAGAAAAUGUCUCUGGGAUGGUAGAAGCUAUUAAGACAUCAUCAACACAUAUUAGCGCUCAGAACACAGAUGAAGCAUUCCAUGAAUAUUUCUCUGCUGCUGAAGAAAAAUGUGAAGACAACCAACUGGAUCCACUGGAAGUGCCUCGGAUACGAGGGGACCAAGCCAAUUCACAGGUGAAGCAGCUGAGUAUCGGCUAG